AGAACGAAUGUUCGCAAUACUAAUUUGAUGAGAUCAUUGCAUAAUUAAUGUAAAAUAAUUCUUAAAUGAAGAUUGUAAGCUGCAAUAAUGUUGCGAAGGAAGAAUAGAAACGUUGCAAAUAUGAAUACGAAAAAGUCAGUUUUUCUACUUAUUGUUGGUACAAAUAAAUACGCAAUGGUUGAGUUAACGUUUAAAAUCAUUUGCGCAUAAUUUGCUCAUAAAAAUUCACGAAGCAUUUGAAAAAAUUGCGUACAUACCAUAGGACACGCACGAGGCGCCAAGUAUGCAGUUUGCCUAACAAUUUAUCGCCGCUGUUUAGACUGUCUUAUUGCGAAUACGAGAAUAUCUCUCCUAAUUCUAUCCCAUUUCGGUUUCGCGUCUUCCGUCUCGCUUUAUUCCAACGGUAAGAAUAGAUUAUCUCUCUAAGAAUCUGCCAUGAGUCGUCGCAACUCCUUACACUUGUCGGCGAUACGCAUGCGUGCUACGGCAGUGCACGUUGGUGCAUGUCGGUGUGCAGAGUGGUGUGUAAGGCGGUAUUUUGUUAAAAAAAAUUGGCGGUCUCGUUGGAUUAAAAAAUUGCGAAAAUGUUACUAACGCGCAAUUAACACCGCGGCCAAAUGGAUCGCCUGUUCGUUUUGGAUCGCGACGUGUGAUAUGAACCACUGCCCAGCCAUGAAGAUGAGUUUCUCCUUAUCUUCGCUUCAGCCACUCGGUCAUGGCUUGGAAAAGCAUGGCCAAGUGGGGAUAGCGAUAGAAAGACCAUACAACAGUCUCACAAAAAAGAGGAAAGAUCCAAAGCAACUACACAAUCAACGUUUGUGGACUAACCGAGAAGACUGCAAAGAUGAAUUUUGGGCAGCAAUACGAUCUAACUAUGAUUACAUUAUGGAUACUAAUUUGAUAGAUAGUUGUAAGGAAGCUAAUGGUGAAUUGACAUGGGAUGAGACUGAUGUAUCUACACAAUCAUGGAGCUUUAAAGAAUUUAGUAGUCAGUUCUCCGAAUUGUACUCAUGGCUGAGGGUUCUUCAAGAACUGAUUUAUAGUAAAGAGGAAAAUCUAUUAGAUAAAAGUCUGCGUGCGGCUCACAUGGAGGAGCUGCGACGUAGGGCGUACAGAAGAAAACUAUUUAAUGAUCAAGCUGAAAAAUUAGUGUCAUGUGCCCCUGCUUUGAAAGAUGAAGUAGCGUGGCGAGUUGACCAUUUGAAUGCAAAAUGGGAGUUAGUCGAGCAAAUAAUGGCACCUGUCGAGCGGCCUGUAUCCAAUCAACAAGAUAUGUCAGCAGACUUCGAGCACGAAGUAAAGUGCUUGAGAAAAUGGCUUCGUGAAAUGGAGUCUCGUCUUCAACCCCUGAGUUUCCACGUUGAUUGGACUCUGGCCGAGCUUGAGGAGAAAGCAGUGGAACAUAUGGUACUCCAACGAGACAUAGAGGCGCACGGUCGAAUUGUCAGCUCGGUCGUCAAACUAGGAGACAAGGUUUUCGAUCAGCAGCAAGAACAGCAACAAGAACAACAGGAACGGGAGAGGCAAGAACAGCGGGAACCGACACAGGCUUUGCGAAUCGCGAAAUCUCUGGAACGCCGAUGGCAUUUGCUGUUUCUAAGGGCUUUGGAGUGGCAGUGUCACAUCGAGACGCUCGUAUCUCGCAUCAGCAGCAAGAAUUCAGUGGCGUACCGGUGUAGUAGCGACAGUGACGAGGAGCCAGUCACGAAGCAGCCUCGACUCAGCCGCAGACACUCGCGAGGUUCUGGAAGGGAAUCCCCGGGUCAGUCGGCUCGUUCAACGCGCGCGAGACGCCACAGAGCCGCGAGAUCACGAUACUACGAGGAUACGAGCAGAGCGGAACACUACUCAGACACCGACGCGUCUUCCGAGAACCGCUCGAUCGGCGAUGGAUCCUAUUUUGAGGAUGAACUGUGUCAGAUGUGUGUGAUGGACACAAAGUCCGAGGGAGUGGGAGUUUCCGAGGAAGUUAAACAAAUCGCGAGCACUUUAGGCGACCAGGGGGAAGAGGCUGAUAUAGAGGAAGGCGCGUUGACCGAAGACGAGGAGGACGAUAUGCCACCGAUUCCCGACACCGUGCCAAUGACAAAUUCGACGAUUAUCGCGCAGGGCCGCGAUCAGAUCGACGGCCAGUCCGGAAACGUCGAACAACCAAACAGCAAUCGUGCUACUAACGAGCCAGUGAAGCGGCGCACAAGGAUCGAGGAGGUCGCUUCUUUUAACACAUCCGACAGGCAAUCGAAGAACAUAGCGACCUUCUACGCGCGGCACCCCGACACUGACUCAGAGCAGAACGAGGAGGCUGCGGCGGAGGAGUCGUCCGAGGAGGAGUGGACUUACACGUUGUCGAGAGCGAAUAACGUCACGACGGAGUGUAAAACGAACGUGCUGGUGGUGGAGGUCCAGGGCGAGGACCUGGGCAAGGCGAAUGCGAAUACGAGCGAGAUGAAGCCCGUCAAAGAGGCGUCCGCGCAGGGCGUCGAUGCGACUUCAAACGAAACCGACGACGCGUCCUCCCAACGCGAGAAGGACAGCGAUGACGAAACGAGAAACGACAAGACGAGCAUCCAGAGGCUCAUUAAGGAGGUGGAAAAGCUGGUUGGCGAGGACAGGCGGUCCAAGAUGUUCCCCCAGCUCAUUCUCGACGAUAAGAAGGGUAUGACGAACAAUCAUCGCGCUAAGUACGCAAGGAUCAAGGAGUGGUUGAAAGAGAACGAAGGACGAUCCACGUCACAGGGCGAGUUACAACCGCUGGACAGUUGCGAUGCGAGUGGUGAGACGGAGGACUCGGACGGGGAGAGGCAGUCGGUUUCGUCGGAAGAUCUUCAGAGCAGCGUUGCUACUUAUCGGCGAUUCAGAGGUGCGUUGGGAUGCACGUCGCAGUCGGUGUCGCAAGAGAUUUUCGAUGAUGCCGAAAAGACGCCGAUCAACGAAGCGCAUCCAAUGAUGGAUAACGCAAGCACGCCGAAAGUCGUGAUGCGGACCAAACAGAAAGCGAACAACGGUCACAGGCCAUGGAGUGUCUCCUGCAUCUCGCAGAUCGGGAAUAAUUCUAACUUGAAUCAAGCGAACGACCCGAUAUCGCAAUUCUCCAUAAGCGAAACGGCGCUGCAUCAGCUGAUCGCGACUCCGCCGACCAAGUCUGUAUCUCUCGAUGCAUCGGGAUCAAGGAAAUCGUUUAACAAUUCAACAUCCACGUUGCUGGAAGAAUCGAUCAUUUGUCAUGACGGUCGCGUCAUUCGAAAUAGUUCACUGCGGAGGAAAAAGAGCAGGCUUCGAAAGAAAAAUCUUGGCCGUAAAAGUGACUCUAGCUCGGAAGGCGUAAAUAAUGUGAACCAGUCCGCUGGAAGCGAUGGCAGCUCGUCAAACCAGCAACGUUCUCCUCGGAAGGUGAACGGAAGUCGUGGGAUCCGUACCAUUUCGCGGGACAGCCACGGUCGUUUGACUACUCUAGUAAAAUCAGGCUCGUUCUCGGGCUGCACCAGUCACCACCAAUUCGCUGUAGAGAGGACGAUUGUCAGCGAUCCGACACCCCCGUUCAGGUUACUCUGCUGCAUUUCAAUGGCUUCCACGUCAGAGACCGAGGGUGAAGAGCAACGCAACUGUACAAGGGGUUGCUUCGCUUAUGAGGAAAACUUGUUAGAUACCGUGCUGAACAAUAAGGAUCUCUGUCUUAAUCAACAAAUGAAUGUCGAUAGCGACGUCGAAAUGAACAGCCUUGGCAACAAUUCGGUCUCCGAGCAAGCUUGGGACAACUAUCAAGAUAAGUAUUCGAGCGAGCCGUACAGCGAAGCGCCAGACGUAGAAACUGCCAGAAGAUUACUGGAAUUUGGGGACGACUACCGAAAUUACCUCGAUAGUCAGUCCGAUUGUGCCUCCAGUAUGAGCGCAGUUCCCGCUAGUUCUCCGCUGCCUAGAAGUCGCAUGCAUCAUGAAAUACCCGACACCACGGAGAGCAGCGAAAGCGAGAGUGACGUGGAGGACAUUCGGAACGUGGUCGAGAAAUCGCAGUCGCAGUUCGUGUUAGCCGAGAAUCUGUUCUCGAGGACGAAAAAUGACGACACAAUUUCAAAUCCGGACUGUAGUCAAGUCGAGUGCGUGUGCAGAGAGAAUUUACGAUGCCUUCACGCGUUAUUGGAGUCUGUGAGCAGUUCGUUCCGGAGCGAAAAACACGUGAAACAAAUACGUGGCAUGUUAGAAAUGUGGGAGUCUCUCACUACCAAAGUAGAGGAGACUCAGAGAGCCAGUGCGCUUCACCGCGAGCUGGCUGCUUUUCGUUCAGAGUUCAAAGCAGCGCAUGAUAGACUCUUCUCGUACGAAGUCACUUUGGAACAGCCACAUGUGUUGGACGAGAGGAUUAAUCGAAUUACGGCCGAGCUGGCCGCGUUGAGGGAUCGUAAGGCUGCGAUGCUGGCGCUGAACGUAUCCGCGCACAGACUGAUCACCGAUCUCGGUAAUUCCAGUUCGUUGAUCUACACUGCGUUAAAAGACGGCAUUGCUGAUCUCUAUCGCAUCUGGGACGAGACUUUCCAAAAGGGCAACCAACAAUUGUGCGCCCUGCAAGCAGUCCAACAGUUUAGUAUGCGUUUGGCGGAACUUCAGUGCGCGCUGCGAAGGGAUAAGGACACCCUUGCAGUUUUGGACGUGGCCCUGCAAGCGGGAGCCACCUCGGAGGUCGCUUCGUCUGUUCGUCACGUCGCCAGGCUGUUGUCCGAGAAACAAGACAUCAAUUGCCAGAACGGCACGGUGCUGAAAGACUCGAGCACGGAGGAGGUGGGCAACGCGUCGAAAUUCGGCGACUCGCCGCCGAUCAGUCUGACCGAGGGCGGCUCGCUGUCCGACAGCGGAAUCUCUGACAGCGGAAGCGAGCAGGAGCUGAGCGAACGGGAGAGACGAUUGGCGGCGCUACGCCGGCUGACUCGCAGUUUGGAGAGUCAAUUGACGCCUGGCAGCGAGGCGUUGGCCGAGCUCUGGAGACGCGUCGAGGACGCGGAAACCGAGUUAAGGGAUCUGCAGAAACAGUGCAGAGAGCUGAUUGUCCGCACUGCCGCCAGCGUCGAGGCCAGGGCUGCCAAAAGGUCUGGUGGACAGCUUCAUCAUUUCGUAGAGUAUCGAGAUGACGCUCUCUGUUGGACUGACAGGAAACCGUCCAUGGACGACGUUGGAAACCCUACCUCCGUCAACGCACGAUUUGACGAGAGACACUACGCUUUCGAAAGUAUUCUCGAGCUGCGCAAGGAGAAGAGCAGGGACGCUGCCAGGUCUCGAAGGGGUAAGGAGAACUUCGAGUUCUACGAGUUAGCGAAAAUGCUGCCAUUACCGUCGGCUAUUACCUCCCAGUUGGACAAAGCCUCUAUAAUAAGGCUAACCAUCUCGUACCUCAAACUUCGCGAGUUCUCGGGUCACGGAGACCCGCCAUGGAAUCGGGAUGGGCCACCGCCAAAUAAAUCUAUCAAAGGUACCAAUCGAAUGAGGUCAUCAGCAUCCCUCGCGAUGGACCAUUUCGAUGUGCAUCAAGGCACUCACAUACUUCAGUCGCUGGACGGGUUCGCGAUGGCGGUCGCCGCUGAUGGACGGUUCCUGUACAUAUCCGAGACCGUCUCAAUUUACCUUGGACUCUCACAGGUAGAAAUGACGGGGUCAAGCGUUUUCGACUACGUCCAUCAGCAAGACCACGCGGAAGUCGCAGAGCAAUUAGGCCUCGGGCUGACGUCGAGUACCUCUUCCGGUCCCCAUUCGUCGAGUUCCGGUUUAGCAUCGCCAAGCAGCGCGGCGUCCGAGGAACACGGCUCAUCUUCCACUGCGAAUCCCGACGUCUCCUCGGCAAUGUCGUUAUCGGCGAACAAUCUUUACAAAGGAUACGACAGAGCGUUCUGCGUCCGGAUGAAGUCCACCCUAACGAAAAGGGGUUGUCAUUUUAAAUCCUCUGGUUAUAGGGUCGUGUUGUUACUGUGCCGUUUGAGACCGCAGUAUACGUUUAGCCAUACAAGAAAGUCCGCGCCACCAUUGAUAGGUAUGGUCGGCCUGGCGAUAGCACUUCCUCCGCCGAGUGUGCACGAAAUUCGUCUCGAAGCCGACAUGUUCGUCACGCGGAUCAACUUCGAUUUUCGGAUAGCACAUUGCGAACCCAGGGUCUCCGAAUUGCUAGAUUAUAGUGCCGACGAAUUAACGGGGAAGAAUCUGUAUACAUUGUGCCACGGCGAAGACGCGAAUCGACUUCGUAAAUCUCAUAUCGAUCUGAUUCACAAAGGGCAGGUGCUGACUCAUUAUUAUAGGCUGAUGAACAAGAGCGGUGGAUACACGUGGCUUCAAACUUGUGCCACCGUAGUUUGUAACUCGAAGAACGCCGAGGAGCAAAAUAUCAUCUGCGUCAAUUACGUUAUAAGUGGUCGAGAGUUCGAGAAUUUAAUCAUGGACUGUUGUCAACUGGAGGAAGGCGUUAUGGGUGUGAAGCGAGAAGAUGCUGCUGGGAACGAUCCAGAGAACGGUUCACCGGACGCUGAUAGAGGAGAGGGAAGAAAUCACGGUGGACCAUCGAACCAGCACCAGGAGCAUCCUCACAGGUCUCCACCAGAGGAUCGAGAGGACACCCGUGGCUCGGAGAGCGAGAAAAGGGGAAGCAGGCACCAUGACAACAUAGCUCAGUUACAACAAGAACCGCAGACUGUAGAAAACAUUAACACACUAGUAGUGAAAUUGCGCGGUCACAAGCGGAAGCUCCAGGAGGAGGACAGUAGUUCGAACGAGGAGGAAGAAGAUGAGGAGGACGAGUCUACGGUGAAAGCGACAAAUAACGAGAGAAGCCACGCUCUGAGUCCAGCCCCGUCGAACCAUUCCAUUUCAGGCGGCGAGCAAGUACUGUGCACCGCCAGUCCAAAAUCGAGACGCGUAGAAGAUAGAACAACGAACGCUGAUACCACCGGCACCUCCGUGAAAGAUUUAGAACAGGCGAUGUCGAAGCAUCUGCCUGUGCAGAGUUUGAACAAAUCCCAUUCACCUACGUUGCAUCAACCCACGGACUUCAGCACGGACGCGUUGCUCAAGCAGCAACAGCAGAGGAGCACAAUACAGUGGAUCGGCGCACAUCAUCACCUGGGACAUCUUAGUCCUCAACAAUCAUCCACCGCACCGCUACCAGCGUCCGCUCUUCUGCGACAAUUGUACGCCAACAGGGAGAGCGUGAUAAGGGCUAACGUUCACGGGAUCACGUCCAGCGGUACCACGAGGACACCUUCCUCCGGUGGAACCUACUACGCCGGUGACGCGACGCCUAGUGGUCCUUUACCUACUCCUCCCGGGUCCGAAGGAUCAAGCACUUACGGCGAACACCAAUUCGUGUUAGCGGCGCACAAUCAGAAAGGCUCGACUGGGACCAGCUGUGCAGACGCGUUCACUAGUCUGGUGUCCUCUUAUUCCACAGCCGGUGGUUACACGGUGGACUAUCAUUCGGCUAUGACGCCUCCGUCGUCGGUCUCGCCGAGGGACAAGCAACAGCAGCAGCAACAGCAACAGCUUCAUCCCGUUAACGUGAUAAGCAGCUACGAGGGAUCGUCGGCUUACGCAGAUCCUGUCUUAAGACAUCAAUACGAACCGGCGCAACCAUUGCCUUUGAAACCGCAAGUGUAUUCGGCCGCCGUACAUCCAAGCGCGUUGGACGCUGCCGCGGCUUACGCGUCGGCCGGGUUGUCCGAGCAGGCGCAAUUUUAUCACCACCCGGCAGCCGGGCCCGGAUUCCACAUUUACCAUCCGACGAACAAGUCGACGACGAACGGUUGGUACAGUUCGACGUCCUAGUGGCGUGCGGCCGCACGCGAGAGACGUGUACUUAAAUAAGUAACUGAGAAUUCUGAGCCCAAAGUCCCCCCUCGACCCCCUCACAUGCAUAUCAGUGAUAUUCGUAUAUUUCAUCCCGGCAUCUCUGUAAUUCCCCUAUCUCGUUUCAUCUCCACAUCUAUUCGCCACACCUGGCAGAAAGUUCUCGAUUGAAAAUCGAUAACGCCGAUAUACAAAAUUCACAUUCUCUCGUUUCCUUUUUUUUAAAUGUUUUUAAUUAGCUGUUACCGAAUCAAUAACUUUUUGCCAGGUAUGAUAUCUAUUCGUUUCCUAUUUGUUUUUUUACUUAUAUCUUCAUUGUUUUAUUUUUUAUCCUGGGAUUCUCGUCGAUCAUUUUCACCGCGUUUUCCCCCUCAUCCCCGCGAACCCCAGCGAUCGUACGCGCGCAUCCGAUGUGCCAAUUGAACUGUAUAAAAAUCGCUGCUCUCUAUCCUCGACUAUGUAGAACGACUUAUUGUAAUAUAACAAAAUAAAUUAUUAUGUACGUUGACAUUUUCGGAGAUAUUCGCGCAAGCAAACGGAGGAUAGGAAUUUCUAAAAAAAAAGAGAGAGAAAGGGAAAAGAGAAAUAAGAUGGGACAGAGUACGUUCGACGACUCAAGGGGCAAAACGGUGAGACCAUAAAACGUGAUGACUAAUUAUUAUCAAUUUAGUUGGUCGUCCCGUAAACGCGAGAACAGAGGAGCGAACGAACAAAGGGAUUUAUCAGCGUUAUUGCUGCGAGAAUGAAGACGGAGGAACGGCCGGCGUGGUUGUUAGCGAUAAAUUUACUCGAGAAGCCGUACUUGUCGUACAUUUUUUAUACUUGUAACAUUUUGUUGCGUAAAUACGAUAUAUGACUUUAGUGAAGUCGACAGUGCAAUCGUUACACGUUUUUUAGCGUUAAUUUAAGAGGAUGAUCGGAUAGGAAAGGAAUAAUGUUUAACUUUUUCGCUUAUACAAUGUAAAUGAAAGAGACGUUGUUUCUGUACGAAAGAGAGAGAGAGAGUGAGAGUUGAGAAUAUUCACGAAGGAAAUCGCUAUCUCUAUUAAUCUAUAGGAAAAUCGAUGUAAACAAUUGUUAACUUAUUUUCGUCUAUCUCCAAUCGGUCACCUUUAUCGGUCGUUACAAGAAGGAGUCACGUUCAUCGACUCCUUAUCGUUCGUAUCUUAGCGUUUUACUUUUAACGUCGCGUUGGAUACAUAUCAAUUUUCCUGAUUAAAGAUAAAUCAUCACUGCCUUACCGAUUAUAUAUAAAAAUAAUUCUGGUUGCGUAACGUUACGAAAGAAAAUAUUCGGCUUCGGCUUGGUCGGAGGCUGAUUAAACCUGUAAGGCAAUUCCAGUGUUACGUUGCUAGAGGUAGCGAAUUCUUUCCGAGAGAUUAUUAUGUUUUGUUGUAAAUUUGAAGAAUUGUUUUCUCUGACGAGUACACGUGUAAAUACAAUUUUAUGUGCUGUAAGAUCCACCUGUUGAACAUUUCUAUUCAUCAUUUUUCGGAACUAUUUCUACGAAAUUUUAUUUUCGUCGAAGGAACAUUGUAAGGCAGUGACUUAAGCAUUAAAAUAUAUGCAUAACGUCUCCAUCUUGGUAAAAUGAUACCUUAUAAUUCAAUGCUGCUUUCCACUUAUCGAA